UUUUUUCUACCCCAUUGUUGCAGUGCAGCUAAAACUAUCGCGUUUCGACGACCCGCAAGCAGUUGGGAGGGAAUUUGCGUGGUGUUUUUUGCAAGGUUUCUGGAUAGAUUCUUCAUCAAUCCAUCCGUCUGCGUUGCGUAUCGUGCGGCUCGACAAAAAGGAAUCAGUAAAGGCACGGAAUCAGAGCCUGUAUCGUAACGCCCCGUUUGGAAGAGAGGAACGAUGUACACCGCGCAAAGCUGAAGUGGGAAAGUGGAAAACAAAAAAAAGCAAUAAAAAAGAACCUGGCACCAUUAAGCGUUGGGCUAAGAAUGGCGAUUGAUGGUCGGCACUAGGAAGCAAUGUACUGUAAUCAUUUAUUAGGAACAUCAUUCGAAACGAAACAAAUCUAUGACCCUCGAUGUAUCCAGCCCGAUCCGACUGAGUGUGACAUUGAACGUGGAAAAGCCAAAAAGGUCACAAUUGCAGGCGGUUGCCAUUGAAUUUCCUCCGGGAGACAGGGCCACCAAAUUAAUUGCACAACGAACCGGGUUGUAAAAAAAAAAACGACGAACCGAACGAAAUUAUCCUGCCCGUAAGCAUUUCCGGAGAACGGUCCGGCACGGUGGUUAGCACAGAGGUUUUUUUUUUUCGUGAAACCCGUACCAAAACGCACACGCACCCAAAGCAAGGCAUUUUAAAGGAUUGAGGGACGCAACAGCUGCUUCAAGCUGAGGCACGCAUAUAGGCAAUGCCAUCGGCGGUUAGUGGCGGCGGAGGAGGUCACGGCGGCGGUGGUGGUGGAGGUGGCGGCGGCGGUGGCGGCAAUAUGAAUCCGCAGACGAACGAGGAGUGCGGCAUACGGGACGUGUGGCGCCACAACCUGGACGAGGAGUUCCGCACCAUACGGCUGAUCGUGCAGAAGUACCAUUACGUCGCGAUGGACACGGAGUUCCCGGGUGUGGUCGCCCGGCCCGUCGGUGAGUUCCGGUCGUCGGCCGACUACCAGUACCAGAGCCUGCGGUGCAACGUGGACCUGCUGCGCAUCAUCCAGCUCGGGCUGACGUUCAUGGACGACGACGGGCGCACGCCGGCCGGCUUCUCCACCUGGCAGUUUAACUUCAAGUUCAACCUGAGCGAGGACAUGUACGCGCAGGACUCGAUCGACCUGCUGCUCAACUCGGGCAUCCAGUUCAAGAAGCACGAGGAGGACGGCAUCGACCCGCAGGACUUUGCCGAGCUGCUGAUGACGUCCGGUAUCGUGCUGAUGGACAACAUCAAGUGGCUCAGCUUCCACUCCGGCUACGACUUUGCCUACCUGCUGAAGCUGCUCACCGACCAGAACCUGCCGGCGGAGGAGGGCGACUUUUUCGAGCUGCUGCGGAUCUACUUCCCGACCAUCUACGACGUGAAGUAUCUGAUGAAGUCGUGCAAAAAUCUCAAGGGCGGCCUGCAGGAGGUGGCCGACCAGCUGGAGCUGCGGCGGGUCGGCCCCCAGCACCAGGCCGGCUCGGACUCGCUGCUCACCGGGAUGGCGUUCUUCAAGAUGCGAGAGAUGUUCUUUGAGGACAAUAUUGACAAUGCCAAGUACUGUGGGCAUCUGUACGGGCUCGGCACAUCCUUCGUCGCGAACGGCAACAAUUCGGCACCGGGCGGAGGUGGAAGCGGCGGCGGUGGUGGUGCCGGCAGCGGCGGCAACAGCGGUACGGGUGGAUCGGGCGGCACCGGCGGUGGUGCUUCCUCCGGCACGGGCGGCAACAGCGGCAACAGCAACACGACCGGAGGCAACAGCGCAAACAACAACAGCAAUAGUACGCAAUUAAGCUAUUUAUUCCUUCCUUCCCUCCUUCCCGCACUCGAUACUCCAGAUCACUCUUACUCUAUCCCUCUCUUUCUCUCUCUCUCUUUCGAACUUUCUAUCUCCUCCCCUGUUUGACCGUAUUUGAGCUAGUUUGAGCCAUUGGUUUGCGUUAAAACAGACACUUCUUCUCGUUGGUUUGUGAACAUGCGAUUUAGAUCGUACUAUUUCUUGCAGGUAAACCGGAGCGGUAGAGCCAGCCAGGAGAGGGGAAUGGAACCGUGUCUAGGAGGCGCACAAUCCCAUAACCCACAGCACGGCACACCCGUGAUUGAGGAGCAGUCUUUAUGUUUUUCGCGGAUUCGAUCAGCGCUGGAUUCGAACAACGUGUGCCGGUCAUCAGCCAUCCCUUGUUGCGUCGUGGUCGUGCGCAGGAACGAGCGUUUCCGGGUUGGAUUGGCUUCCAGCGAAUUGUUAAAAAAUCCUUCCCUGUCCACACACACAUACACCGCUUGGGAGUGAUUGUUGCUGCAGACGAACCGAUUACGAUAAGACAUACAAAGUUUACGACCUUGACCCUUUGCAAAGUGAUUAAGUGUAGAAAAUGGGAAAAAUUCAGCAGGUGUAAUAAUAAUAAAAAAAACCACACACACAGUUGUCAA